AUCAGAACCACCACCGGAGUCGCUUAAUUCAGUAUGUGGGCUCGUCGUCGAGUUUCUAACCCCCUCAAGAAAUGUGAGUGUUCUGCUGAGUUAGUCGAGAUGAUUUUUGAUGGUGUAUCGAAAUGGUGAUUUUUUAAGGUACAGGGGAUUGAGCGGAGGAAUCUCUCGGGCUUGUUAUGCUAAAUCAGAAAUGAUUUCGGGAUAUGGAUAUGGUCCAUGUGGAGAAGGCAAGGGUGUCGCUUCUGAGUCUUCUCUAGUAGAGUCUGAUGGAUGUCGAAUGUAUUAUACCGUUGAUGUUUGUUCAAAAUUCUCGUAUGGGAGACGUGCUAUUUCUUCCCAAGCUGAUGCAACUAAGGACGAGAGUGAAGUGAUUUCUGAACCAGAGCUAUCUGACGAUGAAUAUAUCGAGGAGCCUAAUCAAAAUAAACUGGAAUUAUCAGAAACUGAAGCAGAGUUGGGUGAGAACAUAGCAUCAAGGAAAAGUGAAGGUUUUGAACUCUUUAAGGCCAUCAGUGCUGCCCCAGGUUUAUCUAUUCAAACUGCUCUUGAUAAGUGGGUGGAGGAGGGAAAAUAUUUGGGUCGGGAAGAGAUCGCACUAGCCAUUCGCAAUCUGUGGAAACGUCAAUUGUAUGGAAGGGCUCUACAGCUCUCAAAGUGGUUGGAUUCAAAUAAGCCUCUGGAGUUUACCGAGAGAGACUAUGCUUCUCGCCUUAACUUGAUAGCCAAGGGGCGUGAUAUCAAGGAGGCAGAGAGCUAUGUCACAAAGAUUCCACAAUCAUUUAGAGGGGAAGUGAUCUACCGUACCUUGUUGGCUAACUGUGUUAGUGGCAUUAAUGUGAAGAAAGCAGAGGAGGUGUUCAACAAGAUGAAGGACUUAGGUUUCCCAAUCACAUCGUUAACUUGUAACCAGUUACUCCUACUUUAUAAGAGGGUUGACAAGAAGAAGAUAGCCGAUGUGUUAUUAUUAAUGGAUAAAGAAAAUAUCAGGCCUACUCUCUUCACUUACACAAUCCUAAUAGACAGUAAAGGCCAAUCAAAUGAUAUUGAUGGGAUGGAUCAAAUUGUGGAGAAGAUGAAGGCUCAAGGCAUUGAACCUGAUGUUCACAUGCAGGCUAUCUUGGCUAAGCACUAUAUCUCUGGCGGUCUCAAAGAAAAAGCCGAGGCUCUUUUGAAAGAGAUGGAAGGAGGCAACUUAAAGGAGAUUCGAUGGGCUUGCCGGGCUUUACUUCCUCUUUAUGCAGCACUCGGAAAGAUUGAUGAAGUUGAUAGAGUUUGGAAGGUCUGCGAGUCAAAUCCCAGCCGUGAUGAGUGCAUGGCUGCCAUUGGAGCCUGGGGAAGCCUGAAUAAAAUUGAUGAAGCAGAAGCAGUUUUUGAGCGGAUGUCAAAGGCAUGUAAAAAACUCUCUUCCAGACAUUAUUCUUCAUUAUUGAAUGUUUAUGCAAACCACAAGAUGCUGACCAAGGGGAAGGAUCUAAUUAAGCGCAUGGCUGAUAGUUGUGGAUGUCGUAUUGGCCCAUUCACUUGGGAUGCAAUUGUAAAACUCUAUGUGGAAGCAGGAGAGGUUGAAAAGGCCGACUCUGUCUUGCAGAAAGUAACGCAACAGAACCAGAUGAAGCCCAUGUUUUGUUCCUACAUGGCCAUUAUGAAUGAAUAUGCUAAGAGGGGAGAUAUCCAUAGCGCGGAAACGAUGUUUCAUAGGAUUAAGCAAGCUGGGUAUGUCUCUAGGGUUGUGAUGUUCAAUGUUCUAAUGCUGGCGUAUAUCAAUGCCAAAGCUCCAGCAUAUGGAAUGGAAGAGAGAAUGAGAGCGGACAACAUAUUCCCGAACAAGAACAAGGGUUUGGCAGCACAACUGGCUCAGGUCAAUGCAUUUAGAAGGACACCAGUGUCGGAUUUGCUGAACUGAUAUGUAUUUCCUUCAUAGCAAUCUAUAAUAUGCUUUGAUAGAUGCUAUCUAUACGCUUUUUCGACUUUUCAUCGAUCAUCUGUAACUUCAGUGAAGAUAUCGAUUUGCAGCGGCAGAUUAAGAUGGGCAGAGUCGGAAGUUCAUUGCGUUAUUGGCAUUGAUUUAUGUUCCAGUCUCUACACUUUCAGGUUCUGACUCAAGCCUUUGUCAUGUCAAAAGUUCAUUUCUUCUCCGCUAAUUCUGCCAACAAAUGCCAUGCAAAGAAAAAAUUUUCCGUUUGAUUUCUAUUAGUUGGUGCUCUACUAAAACGCACCGGAUCACAGUACAUCACAAUCAAAAUACAAAGGAACUGCCACGUGUAAGCACGUGCAUGGUAGGUCCACACGCAGGCCAUCUGACCAAGCACAUGUACUUAGUUUAAUAAUGUAGUUAUGCGUUAAGUUUUGGCUCAAUUUAUUUGUGGAAAUUUUUUGUUCGCGCAGACUUGACAUUAUGA